UUGGAUCACCCUGAUUUGGUGGACGGGUUGGUUCUGUUCAACAUUAACCCAAAUGCUGAAAGCCUCAUGGAUACUGUUGCAAGCAAGAUUACUGAUUGGACCCACACUCUCCCAGACAAAAUUCUCACACACUUGUUUGGAAAGGAUGAGCUCCAGAUGAACCAUGAGCUUGUGGCCACCUACCGUCACCACAUCACUGCAACAAUGAAUCAGUCCAACGUGAGUCAGUUCUUUCGCUCCUACAACAAUCGCACCGCUCUGGAGAUCGAGAGGCCUGCUCCUGGUGGAAGCACCAACGUUAGGACCCUCACGUGCUCAACUCUCUUGGUUGUGGGAGAUAAUGCUCCAACUGUGGAAGCUGUGGUUGAAUGCAACUCUAAACUCAACCCCACAAAGACCACGUUUCUCAAGAUGGCGGACUGUGGAGGACUUCCUCAAGUGGAUCAGCCAGCGAAAGUGAUCGAAGCCCUCAAAUAUUUUAUCCAAGGAAUGGGACACUUGUCCGGUGCCAGUAUGACCAGACUUCGCUCACGGACAGGCUCCAGCUCCAGCACUGCAUCACACGAUGGCCCUCGGAGUCGUGCACACACCGAUGAACUGCAGCGAGGCCGGACACACUCGCACGGCGGCACUGACAAGCGUGGACACACACACACUGAUGUUUCCACGGAGAAUGUUUCCACUGUCAAGCAGAGUGUGUCAAAGUCCACUGAAAUGGCAUGCUGAGGAGCAGACAUCAGACUCAUGCACUUCGUUCAGACAAUACCUCAUCUUCCUGCCUCUGUCCUCCAUCAUUGCUUCUUUACCAGUUUCACUUUUAGUCACUUUAUUUUUUUAUCUCUAUUUUUCUAACUGCCACAGGUGUUUUCUGUCCUUGAUUCAACUUUCUUCUUUUUUCUGCUGUUU